CCGCCUCGGGGACUACCUCGGUACUGCUGCGGUAAGAUUACAAAGGAUACGCUCGUACCGAUCCUCGUCAUUUCAAAUGGAGCAUGUGCGGGUUAUCGCGCGAAUUCGGCCGGAGCCGUCGUCCGUACGCGGUUGUGGCUGCCUCAGGGUAACGAGCGAUACUUGCGUCGAACUUUGCCAGCCGGACGGAGUCAGGGCUCAAUCGCACAGCAAGCGCGGCCGGCCUAGGACGAGGCUCUUCACGUUGGAUCGAGUGCUCGGGCCGCAGUCGGUGCAGGCGGAUGUAUAUGAACACGUAAAGCCGUAGCUUGACUGCGUAUUUAUUCAAUCACUCAGCUGUUCUUAUUUUCCUUCAUAUAGGCUAGUUCAUUCAGCAGCACAUGGGUAUAACGCCACUGUGUUUGCGUACGGGCACACGGGAUCAGGGAAGACACACACCAUGACAGGCGAUAACGUCCAGCCCGGUGUCACGCCGCGGGCAGUGCGAGAACUUUUUGCAGCGAUUGAGCAUGCAACUCGUACAAAGGACGCAGUUUUCCUCGUGCACGUGAGUUACGUCGAGCUGUACAACAACCAAUUUCGCAAUCUUCUCGAUGAUGUAGGGAACCAUUGCCAUGCGUCUAGCAGCACCAAGAUUGAGAUCCGCGAGUCGCGCGACACGGGCGUCUUUCUUACGGGCCCAUCCAACCUCAAGGUCGCCGUGACUUCAGAGCAGGAAGUCCAGGAGCUUAUUUCCUUGGGAGACAAAGCUCGGGCAUAUGCGCUUACGCGAUGCAAUGAUCAUUCCAGUCGGAGCCAUUGCAUCCUGACUUUGCAUGUUCAGUCGCAGAGGGCUAGUAUUGCUCUGCAGGACCCACAAAAUGCAGCUUUGACGUCCGUACAUGUUGGUAAGUUGAAUUUGGUAGAUCUUGCCGGAUCAGAGCGUGUGUCGCUAUCUGGUGCCCAAGGCGAGACACUCGUCGAGGCGCAGAACAUAAACCUCUCGCUGGCGCUCCUUGGUGACGUACUUGCUGCGCUCUCACGCAACUCACUGCGCGGAGAACAAGGGACGCAAUUCCCUCGGUCUGGUGGCUCUCGCGAGCCAGUCCCCUAUCGCAAUUCAAAGCUGACUUAUCUUCUGAAGGAUUCGCUCGGUGGUAACUCAAAGACACUUAUGAUCACGACUCUUCGAAGCUCAGAGACUUAUUACCGUCAGUCGCUCGUGUCGUUAAUGUACGCAUCACGGGCACGGACCAUACAGAAUUCGAGCACGGUGAACUUGGACCGUGGAUCGGGCCCGCGGACAACGGAGUCACUGCAGGUUGUCUCAGAACAACUUAAUCACCUCCACACGCGUUUGCGUGUUCGCGAACGUGAGUUUGAUGCCCUCUGUGCAACAUCAGCAUCCUCAACUUCAGAGAAUAUGCGUCUUAAAAGUGAACUUCAGCGCCUCGAGGCCCUUAACGAGGCAGAGCGCUGUGAGCUUGAGAACAAGCUAAAUACCGUCAUUCAUGGCCACUCGAGUGAGCUUCGGAACCGCACAGAGCAGUUCGGCAGGCUGCAGGCUCGCCUGCAGGAACGGAUCCUGACAUACCGCAGAACCUGCGCAGAACAGGAAGAAGAGAUCAAUCGCCUUCGUGAUGAGAGAGUGCUCCUCGAACAGCAAGUGUCGACUGUUGGUGCGACCCGAAUGGAAGUUAUAGAGAUGCAGACCGUGAUGGACGGUUGGCAGGCGCAGGCAAUAGCCUUGCAACGCGAGCUUGAACACUACAAGCAUUUCUUUUUAGACUCUCCGGUACUGCAGACGGAUCAAAAGAAAAUGGGAGGACGCUUCGGACGGAACCGCAACAUCUCCCACGACCACCAUCGCAAAACCAUAGCAUCCAUGCCUGGGACUGUCGUGCCUGACGACCUGAUGAGAGUCACUUGUCGAGCCAUCGUGCUUGAAUCCGCGCUUGGAUUUGCCUGUACUGAGCUUGACAAUGUUUUGAGUGAGUCAAAUGGCACUGCGAAUGUACUCAUCAGAGAGCUGGUCAAGGCACUUACUACGAGAUGGGGCACGGCGCAGGCAACGACAAAACUUGGUUUAUGGGCAAAGGAUGUUCUAGAUACGGCACAAAGAUGCGCCGCCUUUGAGGCUCGAGAUCGGGAGUACGUGUUUUCUGAAGUCGCUGCAUCCCUGGUGCCUAGUACGCGAUCAAACACCUUAAAUGUACUACGGGCACGACUCAUUGAGAUGGAGCGUCGUUUAGGCGAAUCCCUUCAACUUUCUGAAGAGUUAGUCUCGCGACAUGCUUAUUCACGAACAGAACGUGCAAUGCUAGAUAACAAAGCGGACUCCAGCCUCGCGCGCAUUGUCGCGGAAUCUGCACUUCUCAACAAGAUCUCGGUCCAAAAGAUUGCAGAUGAAACACUCACGGUCGCACGGGUGGGCGCCAGGGCUGAAAUAUUUGCUCUUUGGACUGCCAGGGAAUUUUUGGUCGCUGCCGCCCUCAAGCGACGCGACACACACGAAGCAACCACUGUGCGAGCUCUAAAGAAAAAGUUUGUUGUAGAGUCCUUCCAAGUACGGACGAGAUCAGCCGUCGAGCGCGCUCGGCGAAAUUUCGUGUGUAAAUUGCGGACAGUGUACAAGAUUCGUGAUCCGCAGGAGCUUGAAAAGGCAAACGCAAACGCUGUUCACACCAUCCAGCGCAACAGAGACUCGUUAGUUGACGUAAUAUGCCUUGAACGCGCUGGGAAGAUGCGGCUAAUCUGUGCAAUGUCCGCAGCAACAGCCGCGGCAGUCGCUGCGCUGCGAGUUGAAUUCGAGUCCACUGCUGCAUCAGGUGCUGCAAAGCUUUUUCGGCUCGAGUCGGAUCUUGCGGCAAUAGUCGAAGAAUUUUUCGCAUUGCAGAAGAAAAAAUGCCAGCAAUUCAACUCGCUUACUCGAUCACUGGACAUUCUUGUGUUCUGCCACUUGGCGGAAAUUCGGAAAGCUGCUUGUGAAGCGGCAUGUGCUAUUCAUAAGGAGCGCACCUGCUCAUGCGAUAAAUUGGCUAAUGUUCAGCUUGCCCAAAUAUCCAAAAUUUGCAUCGCUGAACAGCAGGCUUCAACCGAACUUUGGACAAACCUGAAUAAUCACCAGCGGCAAAUUGUCGUUCUGAAUGAUGCCAAUGCAUCCUUUAAGCAAAAAUGUGUGGCUGCUUGCGACAAUGGUGAGGGACUUGCCUUGAUGCUCUGUAAAGAAUGGGCUUGGACCCUCGGUACAGAACGUGAGCGGAAGCAAUGCACCAAAGAGACUAUGACCUUUGGGAUAGUGCUGGAACACAGUCUUGCUGAGAAUCAUCGCGAUGACAAAACCGUACUCGAUGCCUUAGAUGAGUUGUAUGCAACUGUGAUUGAGCUCCUUUGUGCACGGAUCAAGGUAUGCACGGGUGCAGGCUACGAGGCCCUGUCCUCCUUAAACGGAACCCUGAAUGUAGUUCAAUCUGACCUAGAUAACGCCAAUAUGGAUGCUGCCUCACUGCUAAAUGAGCUCAAUUUCUCACAGACCCUGGCCAACUUGCUGCAACAAAAGCUCGGAGUUAUGGCAGUCAGUCGAUUCAAUGAGCAGAUGAUGUGGCAUGCAAUAACCAGGCAACUGAGAGAUGCACACACGAAGGAUAUUUGCUUGUGGAAGAAGGCCUGGCGCGUGGUUGUUAAAGAGAAGGAAAAUUUCAAAGGGCAGCUUGUUCAGGUUACAAAGUUGCUACAAGAGAUAACGACAACUCAUAACAAGAAUCGUUUAGCUGCGCUUGAGGCGCAGGAUGAGGCGAUUAAUAUGGACCACAAUCGUACUUGCAAGAAGUAUGAGGCAAGUUUGGCCCUACUAGCACGUUCCUACGAGCAUGGGCUUCAGAUGUCGAGUGCAGAGCAUGCAUGUGUGAGUGCUGCGGCGGUCGAGCGCUGCAUGGUUGUCAGCAUGGCGCCUCGUUUAGCUGCCUUUUCGGCGAAUGCGAUGCUCAGGACCUUUCAACGCUCGCACAAACGUGUGCUCUGCGCGCAGCGAUGUAUAGUCAAGAGUUCUUUGGUGAGAAUAGGGGAGAAGCGAGGACAGCCUGCACUCGACCCUUUUGAAAGCUCUGCGCGCCUACACGAGGCCGAGGCAGAUGCAACCAACGCCAAAAUUGCUACAGCUCUGAGGUCGGAGCACGUGAUGACAUCCUGUCGUGCUGUAAAUGCGGUCGGUUUAGUUUUGCCCAGAGAGACGACAUAUCUUUGUGCCGCUGCGGUCGACGAUGUAAAUAUCACUCAUCUUGCUAGGGAGCUUGUCAACCAGCUUCGCGCACUUUGUGAAAUGCACAGGCGUCACGUUGCGACCGUUGACGUAUUCCACGCUUCAAGACUCCAGGAGGUCAUGGCCACUGUGGACUGCGCGCACAUUGGUCACUUUCUACGGGCAGCGGUCGACGCCAAGCGCGGGGACAUCCCAUGCACUCACCUCGAGAAGCUCGAGGAGCUCGCAUCCGUCAAGGCCGAGCCCAACUUGCAGGUCGCUCCAGCAGAGGCGCGGGUUUUGCAGAUCAAAGAAAGUCUUGGUCCAAACAAUGUGUUUCGUAUUUGCAAGCCCAAAGCUGAGCGCAGGGCUGGUGGUGGGUCAAUCGCAGCUGGCCAUGCGACUUCUACCACCACCGCACUGAGUAGCCGCAUCGUACAGCAAGCUGACGGACGAGGGCAAUCCACUGCAGCACGUUGGGCUAAAAAGGUCACAAACGAGACUUCGGAAAUGUCAUGGUCUGUCCUCGAUGAUUCGGUUGCUCGGCGUAAGGCGCUAAAGAAGUCUAUGAAGGCCAAGUUGGUUGUCCUCCAAAAGCACCUCGAGACCAGAUUGGUUGAAACAACCUAUCAGGAUUCAUUAGAGUUCACAUGUGGGGGAGAUGACGCACAGGACCUCGUUUUUGUUGAGUAUUUUGGGCGCUUGAACUUGCCCCGUGGACGAGUUACAGAGCCAGAGACCAUUUGCUUUGGUCAGAUAAGUAUUAUUUCACAUGAUAACGUCCACUGGCGGCCGUGUGAUACGGAGCUCAGAUUACGAAAGGGAGAGCACGCUAGCGCUAUCGAAAAGGCCUGCGCCAAGCAAAAGCGACAGCUCAAAAAUAAUCUUGCAUACAAAGCAGCAAGGCUGGACUUGAAUAGGGGCUCACAAGCGCACCUUGACGAACUUCAAUGUAACAAUGCUGCUGUCCAUGAAUUCUGCCGCUAUUGCAAUCGGGAAUGCGCAAUACGUCUGCGCGGGGCGCUCAAGCAACAGGAGCGCUUAAACCACAGGCGCCUUAGCGCAUUGAAGCGUCAGAUUGCAUGCAAUUUUGAGAAAGCGAUCGUAGCCGGGACCAGCUUACAUAACAAUGCGUGGACGUGCUUUGAAAAUCUUGUUUUGGCAACUAGACAACAGUUUUGCUCGCUUGUAACUACUGCUAGUGUCUCGGUCCCCCGACUGCCGAGAGAUGUGAAGGACGCCCGAGAGGCACCAGGCAAAGGCCCCGUCAAUUCAUUUAAGUGGCUUAGUGCGAUUGAGAAACCGUUGGCCAUACAUGCAACUCUGCUGACCACAUCAAUGCAGAAGAUUCUUAAACGUCGAGAUGCCAACUCAGUUUUGGCGCUUCAUGCAGCCCUCCAUCGGGGGAAUAUGCGGCACUUUCGUCGACUGGGUAUUGUUGUCAAACUAAGAGACAUGUACUGGCAGGAGCUUCUUGGCGCUGCACUCCAAGAAAGCGAUUCAAAGCAUGCUACUCUUGAUCUGCCUUCGCCAUCGAGCUACCGACGUAAAGGAAUUUUAGGGAUAGAUAGAUGGCCGUAAUUACUAAGGACUCGACGUCCAGGAGCCUAACGAUAUGAGCGGACCGAGACUGUAUAUUCUGUGACCUAUAAUAAUAGCCUGAGGCCGGAACCAGUCCUGUCGAGUUUAGAGCACGCCUCCCAAGCCGCUGACACGUCUAGGUGCCUUUACGACGAAAAUUUGGAUUGAGCAUAAUUUCUCGGAGCGGGGGAAGCUCGUGGUCUGUACUCGAUGAUGAUAUAGUUGUAGCACUGGCAUUGUUUGCACUGUCACCUUUUUCGAGUUGUAGAGGUCAAUUCAAGUUAAGCCCUAUUCGCUGAGCUCACAGAACAAUUUACUGACCGGGGAAAAAUGUUGUAAAAAAUAAAAUUUUUUUACAUUUUGGAUGGCUUUUGGCCGUUUUCUCGGCGAGAGGCAGCCCGUUUGCUGCCGCGUUUUUUGCAAUGCGUUGCCCGGCUGCCCGCGCCCACGACGUAGACUAAGUGUUUCUCACGAGGAUGCCCGCACCGAGCACGGGCCCAAGUACAAUGGCAGCCCCCGAACAGUUGUAACAUUUUCCCGUGACUCGGACAGGGCAAGAUGAUUAUUUGCACGCAUUUCACGCACUGGCAGUGACUCCAUCAGCCGAGUGUUGCUCGAGGACCCGUUGCGGUCACGGUGACUCCGAGUCGGCGGACUCCACUGGCACCCGAUUUGGUUCCCCGGGCCCGGCGGGCGCAUUAAAGGUGUCAUUUAGUAAUUUGACUCGGGCUAAUCGCGGCACCAUGGCCAUCGUCUCGCGGACCAUUUGGCCUAGGGCGGGGGCUCGGAUGCCCGGGUCCGAAGCGGCUACUUCUAGUACAAAUGGAUGCGGAAGUACUACCAAAUUGUGAAUCAUUUAUACAAUACCGUAGUACCGUACCGUAGGUAGGUACCGUAGGUACCUACGGUACC